AUGGCAUCAGGGUUUAUUUUGUGGCCAAUCUUACUGGUUAGCAUUUCCGUGAGCGCAGUGGAGCCAAUCCCCUUGUAUAAUCUCUUCACCAAUGCGGUGAUCAGGGCACAAUACCUGCACCAGUUGGCCGCUGACAUCUACAAGGAAUUCGAGCGCAGCCUCCCACCCGAUGCCCACAGGCAGCUGAGUAAGAUCUCCCCGUUGGCUGGGUGCUACUCCGACUCCAUCCCCACCCCAACUGGAAAGGACGAGACUCAAGAGAAAUCUGACGGGUAUUUGCUGCGCAUCUCCUCUGCCCUCAUCCAGUCUUGGGUGUACCCCCUUAAGACGCUCAGCAAGGCCUUCUCCAACAGCCUGAUGUUCGGCACCUCCGACGGGAUCUUCGAAAAGCUGGAAGACCUGAGCGAGGGCAUCAAUGAGUUAAUGAGGGUAGUGGGGGAUGGUGGGGUCCACAUGGAUGAGUUGAGGAGGCUCACCUAUGAGAACUUUGACGUUAUCCUGAGAAAUGACGCCGCCCUGAUGAAGAACUAUGGGCUGCUGGCUUGCUUCAAGAAGGACAUGCACAAAGUGGAGACCUACCUGAAGGUCACAAAGUGCAGACGCUUUGUAGAGAGCAAUUGCACCCUGUAG